UAUGAAAGUGCGUAAGUAAGCACCAUCAUUUACAGCAUCAGCCUACUUUAAUAAAUAGUUUAAAAGAGUAUACAAAUCUAUAAAAUUAGAUAUCUUUAAGUGAUUAUAAAAAUAGAUAUGUUGUUCUAUUCUUCUAUCCAUUAGAUUUUACAUUUGUAUGUCCAACAGAAAUAAUCCAAUUUUCUGAUAGAGUUGAGGUAUAUUGAUAUAUCUAAUUUAGGAAUUCAAAUCCAUUGGAUGUGAUAUUUUAGGUGUGUCUGUAGACUCUUAAUUUUCUCAUAUGAAAUAUUGCAAAUAAACACGUAAUAAUGGAGGAUUAGGUGAAAUGCAAUUUCCUUUGAUUUCAGAUUUAAGUUAGGUAUUUGCUAAUAUGGAAUUAAGGAAAUAUCUAAAAAAUAUGGAGUCUUAAUAGAUGAUUCUGAAGAUCCAGAUUUUGGAGUAGCUUUAAGAGGAACAUUUAUAAUAGAUGGAAAAGGAAUUCUCAGACAUUAUUCCAUUAAUGAUUUACCUGUAGGUAGAAAUGUAGAUGAAGUUUUAAGGUAUUCAAUAAUCUAAAUUAUUUAAGGUUAGUAUAAGCCUUUAAAUUUACAGAUGAACAUGGAGAAGUCUGUCCUGCUUAAUGGAAACCUGGAUAGCCAACUAUGGUUACAAAUCAUGCUGAUCCAAAGACAUAGAAAUAUUGGAAUGAAGAACAUAUAAAAUAAGCUAAAUGAUU